CUUUUUUUUUUUGCCUCGUACUUGUGUCAACGUCUUCAUUGCUCGAGAGGUUUGUAUAAAAGAACACCAAGGGCUUUCUACUUACUUUGCUGCGCAGUUAUCACCCUCAUGAGACUGAGUAAUUGAAUAACCGAAAGAAUAUAUCUAUAUUUGAACUUUUUUCGUUUUUGACGCAUCCAGAGUCUAACGUCCGCGUUUAUUUAAAACCAAAUGUACGAGACAGAAGCGGCACACGUGGCCCACACAGUCACACGUGUGGACUAUUAUAAUUAAAUAAUAAUAAUUAUAAUUAUAAUGUUCUGCUGUGACAAGGUGAAUAAAGUUUUCUAUUCUAUUCUAAAUCCCAUAUCCUAGCAUCCACCUGAGGGGCUGUAGCACCUGUCCCAUGCCUUCGUCUCGCCAAGUCACUUUGUUGCCCGCCUCAGUCGGCGUCUCUGCACGCGGUUCCGCAAACAUUUCCAAAUAAUGCGGGCGGUUUAAGCAGAAUUUUUUUAAUUUUUUUUUUAUCCAAGCCAUCCCCAAUUUCCAUAUGCAGUUCUGUCUCUCCCAACAGCCCCUCUCGCCUUCACACCGUUUCUUGCAUUCUAAUGCAUUCUCGCAUCUUUAAAAAAAAAAAAUCCCCCCCCCCGCCACCGCCACACGCCGUGGAUGUGCUCGUCUUUUUGUGGACUUACACGUCGUUACUACUGCAACGUUUGUUGGACUUGAGAUGCGAGAUGCACCGAUAGACGCGGGGGGGUUUUUUUGUUGGUUUUUUUGCAUGCACUCAUUUGCACGAUUUGAUAACCAAGAGCCAGGGGAGACGGAUAAAACAUGGACGCGUCGGGAUGUUCUCCGGCUUCACAAUGCGCCGACCUGCAGCGCUGCUCUCGACAGGAGGCGGCUCGUCUGCGCGAAGGCUCAGUCGUCUGGAUGGGAGAGGCUCCAUGUUCAGUGCGGUUGUGCUGGUGCUCGGCUGUCUGCUGCAGAUGAAACUUGUGACCACAGAGGGGCAUCGUGUGACCAACCGCCGUGUCUUCUAUGCGGUGCAUAUGGACGGGGGCAUCGCAGCCGCCAGAGCUCUGGCCCAACGGCACGGACUUGAGUUCAUUCAACAGGUCGGCAGCCUGCAGGGUGUGUACAGCCUGGCAGACAGCAGGGGGCGCUCUGACAGAGCCACCUUUGAGAAGAGACUCCCGACUGCAGAGGGGGUCCACUGGGUACAGAAGCAGCACGGUCAUUAUAGGGACAAACGGGAUCCUGUGCCAGGACGGGACCACAGGACCGCUCACAGUCCCCCGAAGAGCGAGCAUGCAGCUGACAGGCAUCCUGAGGAAAGUGAGAGUGACCAGGCCCUCACCUUCAACGACCCGCUCUGGCCCAUGCAGUGGGAACUGUUUUCGCAGGGCCAGUACAGCGCCGGUGGCUUUGACCUGAAUGUGAUGCCAGUUUGGAGCAACAACAUCACGGGACAUGGAGUAGUGGUCAGCAUCGUUGACGAUGGCUUGGAUCACACAAACAAGGACCUGAGGAGGAACUUUGAGGCCCUCGCCAGCGUCGACCUGUGUGCCUCACACGGUCCGUCCCGUGAUCCCAUGCCUGUCAGGGACGAGGAAAACAGUCACGGCACCCGGUGUGCAGGGGAAGUUGCCAUGGAGGCCAACAACUCCUACUGCGGUGUGGGCAUCGCCUUCAACGCCAGGAUUGGAGGUAUCCGCCUGUUGAACGGCUCCGUCACCGACGCCAUGGAGGCCACGGCUCUGACCUUCAACAUCCACCUCAUCGACAUCUACGUCUGCAGCUGGGGCCCGCGGGACGACGGGGCCGAGCUGGACGGCCCGCACGUGCUGACAGAGCAGGCCCUGCGGCUGGGAACUCACGAGGGCCGGGGUGGAAAGGGCAGCGUCUUCGUGUGGGCGGCAGGUAACGGUGGAAUGCAACACGACCACUGCGGUGCAGACGGUUAUGUUAACUCCAUCCACAGCGUUGCCAUCGGCGCCGUCACUCAGACGGGGAAGCCCGCCUACUUCGGCGAGCCCUGCCCGGGGGUGAUGGCCGUCACCCUGACGGGGGCAGGCGUGGGAGGCGCACUUCCUCUGGUUACCGUGACCGCCGUUGCCGACGGCUGCGUCACACACUUCCCGGGGACGUCCAGCGCCGCUCCGAUCGCUGCAGGAAUCCUGGCUCUUGUCUUAGAAGUGAAUCCCGAGCUGACGUGGAGGGAUGUCCAGCACCUGGUCGCCAGCACGGCAAAGAUCCCUGACCCCGAAGAGCCUGGCUGGAACAUCAACGCCGCGGGAUACCACGUCCACCAUAGGUAUGGCUUCGGACUGUUGGACGCUGGGCUGAUGGUGCAGCAGGCUGCACUCUUCAACGCCGUCGCUCCGCAGAGGAGAUGCACCCAAGACGUCACACUUGAUCCCAGCAGGAUCCUUUCUCCAGGGGGCGGGAUCAGUGUGGACAUCCAAUCAGAGGCCUGCCGUGGGAGGACCAAUGAGAUUAGUAGUCUGGAGCAUGUUCAGGUGAGGGUGAGCGUGAGCGCCGCGUGUCGCGGUGACCUCUCCAUCAGCCUGGAGUCGCCGGGCGGCACGGUGUCGCUGCUGUUGGACGCGCGACCCAACGACGCGUCCGCCGCCGGCCUGAAAAACUGGACCCUGAUGACCGUGCACUGCUGGGGGGAGGGGCCGCGAGGCCUGUGGACCCUCCGGGUGACGGACCGCAGAGGCACGGUGAGGAGCUGCGCGAGGCCGAGUGAAGAGGAGGCGGCCGGAGCCUUGCUUGCCGUCACGCUCGUCCUCUACGGCACCUCCGGCCCCCGGCGGGCCGCGCACGGGAGACCCCUGCAGAGCAUCGUGUCCAUGGGGUCGCGUCACCUUGUCCCUCACGCGGGGGCGCACCAGACGGGCCGCCGCCCUCCUCUGGGCCUGAUCCAGUGGAUCUACCGAAUGGAGAGAGACAGGAAGGUGCGGGCCGCCGACAUCACCAAACCAGCCGGACCCCAGUUGCGUCCGACGAGCGGACAGGAGUCCCCCACCAGACCUGCUGCCGCCGGGGGCCCGUCACGGGACAAAGACCAGCCCAGAUGAUGUGACGCGGGGAGGCCGGGCCCUCGGCGCCGCCGACUGUCCGGGACGCCGCCGUUGGCCGAGGUGCAACGGUCGGACUCUCCGGAUCCGGGAGGCGGAGGAGCCUUUGCUUUAUCUCGCCGGACUGUGAGGAGCAGCUUUUGAGGACGGACAUAAUCUCUCUCAUCUUUCUUCAGUGGCUCUGGCCCUUUUCUCCCUCGCAGGGCCCUGCGCUCUUUUACUCCUCCCUCCUUUAUCCCCCGAGAAAGGGCUUUGUCCCCCCGCACCAGAGAGCCUCUCUAAAUAGAGGCCUUUAGACAGUGCAGGAUCGGGGGGUUGGGGGUUGGAGAGGGGGCUGGGGGUAGGUGGGCAGCGACGCGACUGCCGUUGUUUCCCCUCGCCUCUCCCCUAUGGCAACCGGCAGCGGCCGGCCAGGAAUGUCCCCUCUCUGGACAAAGUCCUGGGUCCCCGAAGCUGACACCGAGGGGGACGACAGCUGGGACGGGAUGGAAGCCAUCGUCCCCUCCUCGUACCCCCGGACCAGAGGCCUGAGUCUGGAUUUAAUCCUCCUCUUCACUGUGUGCGUCUGUGCUCACUUGAGGGGAGUGAUGAGAUGGGGGGGGGUGGUGUUUCACACGCUGUUAACUCUAAAAUAGUUUGUGUAUAUAUAUAUACGACCGGGAAGAAGAAGAAUCUCUGAAUCUCUCGGCGAUGCAAAAGGAUCGUUGGACGGCUCGAGGUGGCCGCUGCACCGCGCUCCACCGGUGCCACACAGAUCCUCCACUGUGCUGUCAACAAGCGCUGCAAGAGCAAACGAAACCCGUCAAAAGUACAUCAGCGAAAAAUAUCUUGGGGACUAAAUGGCUUAUUUUUUCAUGUUUUUUUAUUUGUUGUUGUUUUAUUUAAAUCAAUAAAUCCUUUAAGUGAGUCACUAUACAAAACCUCAGCCUCUUUUUUCAUUCCCCACGUGUAGCCACUCCUACUGAGACUGGACCUGUGAACAAUUUACUUUACACUUUUAUAGAUGGAUGCAAAAGUUUGAUUUGUUCAUUUUAUGGGCUGUUAAAAGUCUUCAAUUCAAGACGUAUGGAACUUCACUGCAGGGGAAGAAAAAAAUAUAUACUGUAGUCUAUAAACUAUAACAAGCAACCAUUGGUGUUCGGGGAAGUGCAGCUAAUUCUGGCAUUAAUAAGCCAAGAUGUAUAAGAGAGGCGUAUACACUAAAGGGAAAAUAAUAAACUUCACCAACAAACUCUCUACAACUUAAACCUGUUUCUUCUGAAGACAGAUCAGGUGCAUAAAGGAGCAGGCUGCAA